CAUGGAUAGUAAGCAGUCCGUUCUGCUGUUUACCUCGAACCCCUCGCCAUCCUUCCAGGCUGCUAGGAUGCUCUCCUCUUGCCACGGGCCAGACCUUUCUAGUUUCUAUGCCCACUGGAAAAUUUGAAGGCCAUAUAUGGAGCCGUGUGAGCCGUGGGAUGCCACUAAAUAACCACGUCGUCGUCUUUUCGGUCCGUUAGCCUGCUUCGACGACACCUUUGCCGCCGCUCCUGGCCCUAUCAAACGGCGCACAGGAAUAACCGUGUCGAAGACGACACACAACAACUCGCCCGCCUCUGUUUAUCAAGGUGGAUGCACAACCGAUCUAUGUACUAUGUAGGCCCGCAUGUGUGGCACCCUGUUGUGCCCUGGUUCUCUCGCAUACAACGUUGUGUUUCGGCUGCACGUCCGCGGCUUUGGUUAUCUCGCGCCGGAUCUGCAAUGCAGAACCGAUGUUCGACAAGGCGCCCUGACAACAUCCACUCGACAGGUCCCCCAUACAUCAAAGCCGUACAUAUUUGGGAAGACAUCUCCUGGAAUUGAGCUUAACGAUUGGCUCCUUCGCCCUAUCUUCUCAUCGAGAAGCACUCUGAUACCACCCUCCCUGACACUGAACUGGAUGCUUGCUCUCACACGUCAGUUCAGGGGCAGUUCAACCCACCACCACACAUGUGAUCGCGAGGAUUGCCUAGAACGGUCCAUCUCUUUUGUAUGCACAGCACAAGGAGAGAAGACCGAGUCCGCGUUGACGGACCCCAUCGGCUUCGGUCCGAAAGUGCAACCGCCGCGCUUACAUAGACCACGGUGUAUGUCAUACACGGUACCGACUACAAGUAGCGCAGAUGUUUUGCGCGCCUACUACACCACUACGGGUGCUGCAACCGACCAGACAUGCUGUUGUGUCUCGCAACGCGUUUGUUACCGCACCGACGACCGCGGACUAUGUUGCCCGAGUACUAUAACAUUGAUGAGAUCGCGCUACGAACCGGGCUAGGCCGGGCCAAUGUCUUCCCGUCAGUAUGAAAUAGCCCCGUAUCAUAAUGAAGCAAUAAUCAUGACUAUAGUACACUAUAAAUCCAAUCAGCUCCACGCAAGAAAGUCAAGGCGGCAUUUGUAUGGAUCGGAUCGUG